UCGGGUCUUAGGAGCCGCGGCGGCGACGGCGGCCUGGGGGAAGAUGGCGGCGACCUGGUGGCGAGUCGCGCUGUAUGGGAGUCGGAGGUGGCGGGGCUUCAGCACCUCAGCCGCCCUGAGCCGCCGGACCGCUCCUUUGGGGCCGAUGCCCAACGAGGUCAUCGACGUGAGCAACCUGGAGCGGCUGAAGAAGUACCGCAGCUUCGACCGCUACCGGCGCCGGGCGGAGCAGGAGGCGCGGGACCCGCACUGGUGGCGGACCUACCGGGAGCAUUUCGGAGAGGAGUCAGCUUCAGCUCUGAAUUCUGCCAGGUACACAGGUGCGAGUCCAUGGCCAGCUGUGAACAGGCUUGAAGGUGAUCCCAACUAUAAUUGGGAUGGCCAGCCGCCUCGAUUUCCCAUGACCGAGACAGAUCCCAAAGACAAGAUUGACAUUGGGUUGCCUGCACCUAAGGUCUGCCGGACCCAACAGCUGUUGGAGCGGAAGCGGGUCCUCCAGGCGCUGCGGGCCAAUGUGGAGGAGGAACGGGCCGCUCGCCUCCGCACAGCACGCAUCCCACUGGAGGCAGUGAGGGCUGAGUGGGAGAGGACCUGUGGCCCCUACCACAAGCAGCGUCUGGCUGAACACUACGGCCUCUAUCGAGACCUGUUCCACGGGGCCACCUUCGUGCCCCGAGUCCCCCUGCAUGUGGCCUACGCUGUAGGCGAGGACGACUUGGUGCCUGUGUACUACGGCAAUGAGGUCACUCCAACUGAGGCUGCCCAGGCCCCGGAGGUGACCUAUAAGGCAGACGAGGGCUCCAUGUGGACACUACUGCUCACCAACUUGGAUGGACACCUGCUGGAACCGGAUGCCGAGUAUUUGCACUGGCUGGUAACCAACAUCCCGGGCAACAGGGUCGCUGAAGGACAGGAGACGUGUCCCUACCUGCCCCCCUUCCCUGCCCGAGGCUCCGGCUUCCACCGCUUUGCCUUUCUGCUCUUCAAGCAGGACAAGCCAAUCGACUUCUCUGGGGACACCCGGCCCUCACCCUGCUACCAGCUUGCCCAGCGGACCUUCCACACUUUUGAUUUCUACAAGAAACACCAAGAUGCCAUGACUCCAGCUGGCCUGGCCUUCUUCCAGUGCCGCUGGGAUGACUCGGUCACCCACAUCUUCCACCAGCUCCUGGACAUGCGAGAGCCUGUGUUUGAGUUUAUGCGGCCGCCCCCUUAUCACCCUAAGCAGAAGCGCUUCCCCCACCGGCAGCCCCUGCGCUACCUGGACCGGUACCGAGACAGUCACGAACCCACCUAUGGCAUCUACUGAGUGGCUGGAGUGCCACCCCCCUCAGAGAGUGGACUGGGCCUCUCAGGCCACCCUGUCAGGCUCCGCAGGCAGGAGCAAUAGAGACGCAGUGCCAAGGGGGGCAAGCAUUGGGGUUCUCCGGCCUGCCUGAGGCAGCCCCUCUGCUGCCCUCCCAGCAGGCCCAGGGCUUGGGAGUGAAGAAGGCUGGGGAGUUGGGGGUAUGAAUAUAUUGAUUUUUGCUGUA